AAUUAAAUUCAGUUAGCGCCAAGGGACGAAUCCGUGCGCACGAGUUGCGCGAAUUCGAAAUUUAAUAGCAUUGGUAUAUUUUGUGAUAAUGUUUCUGAAAUAGCGUGGAGUGAUUUUUGUGGAUUAGUGCUAUUUUGUGAAUUGUGUCAUUUGAUGUAUUUCAAGAUGAUUUUUUUAACGUACUUUGGCAUAUUUUUGGCGCUAAACACCGCUUCGUGUGAAUCUCCAGUAUCCUACGACUUGGCAGUCAUCUUCAUGGGCAAACAGACAGGCGUUUACGAUAUACCUCUAAAAUUCGACAGCGAACCAUCUGAUCCGGUGGAUAUAUAUGACGUAUUCCACAAAAACAUACUACCAACACCGUUCAUAGUACAUACAACGUUCAAACUGAAAGAUUUGGAGAAGUCUUGUUUAUUUUCCAUUGAAGAUGGUGAGGAAGUUGGAGAAAUUGGUGAAGUAAAGUUACGGCUUUGCUUAUAUUCAGUGUCUGAAGAACUGGCUAAAGUGACACUAACGAGUUUGAGUAAUGAACAGUCUUUGACGUUUUCAAUGGACAUGAAGGAGACAAUGAAUAUAUUGCUGUAUGUAAACAAAAAUGUAAUGACCUUGAGAGUCAACUGUAUGUAUUUCGGUGAAGCGAAUUUCGAUGAAAUGUUUGGAGAAGUGGAGUUGAGUGAAAAUACUCUGCUAUAUUUGGGAAGAACCAGUGGGACUCAGUAUUUGUUUCAGGGAACUAUAGAAGAACUUACGAUUCUAACCGGCACUAGUUUAGACGACACUAUCCUGGAGUUAUGUCCACCGGAUGAGAAGGCAAUUAAGGGUGAAAAGGGGCAAAAGGGCGAGCCCGGCGAGACAGUUGUAGGACCCCGAGGCCCAAUUGGACCUCAUGGAAAGAAAGGAGAGAAAGGGGUAUGUCAGUGUACAGAAACAAUGGUAUCGGCUCUCCUGAGAAAUAUGCCAGAAAUGAGAGGUCCUCCAGGGGAGUCUGGACCCAGGGGUGACACGGGAGACCCUGGACCUACCGGUAUGACGGGUAAACCGGGACUACAGGGUCCUAGAGGUCCACCGGGCCUAAACGGUGAGAAAGGUGACAGAGGUGAUAUUGGACCUCCAGGAAAUUAUGGUGAGCCUGGAACUGAUGGCCGUCCGGGUAAAGAUGGCGAGAGAGGACCCCAAGGGCCUGAGGGGCGAAUGGGACCACCGGGACCUCCUGGUCCUGGUUACAAGAAAACAGAAGAGGCAACAGUAGCAGUUCCUGGUGAAAAAGGUGAACAAGGUCCUAUUGGACCUCCGGGAUCGCCUGGGCCCACAGGGGAACGCGGGGACAAAGGAGAGAAAGGGCACCCGGGAAUGAGAGGUGAAAAGGGUGAUCGGGGUGAUAUGGGCUCCGAAGGUCCUAGGGGUGAGAAGGGUGAACAGGGCUCUUCAGGCAUCGACGGCAUUCCUGGAGUGCCUGGUAGCCAUGGCCAUCCAGGGAAAAAAGGUGACAAGGGGGAGAAAGGGGAAAUCGGCCCACCUGGCGCCGCGGCAAAACUUUCCUCAAUUUUAGAUGAAGACAUAGACGCCUCGGAAAGAGAAGAAAUUAUAGAAAAAUUAAGAGGUUUUUCUGGCGAUAAAGGAUCUGCGGGAGAAAAGGGUGAGAAAGGAGAUCAGGGUCUAACCGGUCCCCCUGGACAUACAGGAGUUGAUGGAAAACAUGGCAGACCUGGGCCACAGGGUGAAAGAGGGCCUACUGGACCUCAGGGCCCAGUUGGGGCCCGCGGGGACAAAGGAGACACAGGCGCUCCGGGCCCAAUGGGUCCUCCAGGAAAUGUGCCAUUGCACGAGAUUGCUUUGUUGAAGGGCAGCAAGGGAGAUCAAGGAAAAGUUGGUCCCAAGGGAGCUAAGGGCAAUCCUGGUGCUCAAGGUCGAGCGGGACCGAGGGGACGAGAUGGCAAGACAGGUCCAAAAGGUCAAAAAGGGGACAGCAUCGAUCAUGAAAAGCUGAAGAGUCUUAAAGGCGAGAAGGGUGAAAUGGGACCUCAAGGGAAGCCUGGAACCCAAGGCCCAGCCGGUCAAUGUACCUGUCCAAACACUUCAGUUCCUGUGAUGGGACCUCCUGGGCCACCUGGGCCUCCAGGACCCCCUGGCGUUUCUGUAAUGGGUCCCAAAGGAGACCCUGGCAAUGUCAUUUCACAAAACAGUUUCUAUUCUAUAAGUGAAAGUACAUCAGAUGAUCCAAUGGACGACGAUGAUUUCUCCUACACGACGACUACAGUUAUUUACAGCACUACAACAGCACUAUUCAAGCGCACUGCGAGCACGCCUUUGGGAACACUGGCCUAUGUUUUGCAAAAGAAAAUAUUGCUGCUUAGGGUAGAAAGCGGCUGGCAACACAUUACUAUGGGUAGAAUGCUGGAUGCAAAUGAAAUGCACACGGCUGCGCCAAGACACGUUGCACAAUAUACUUCAUCAUCGUCACCACCACCCGAACCUGUAUUUAUGCACGGAAAUCAUAUCCGUAUUGGAGCAUUAAAUACGCCACACACUGGUAAUAUUCUGGCGCGAAACAGCAGAGGCUGGUCUGCCGCAGAAGCCGAGUGCCACAAGCAGUCGAAAAAGUUGAAAAUCACCGGAAAUUUCGUACCGUUUCUUACUAAUAGCAUAAGAAAUAUAAGGCACAUGGUAAACUUCCACGCAGAAAACCUGCCCGUUGUAAACCUAAGAGGAGAACUGCUGAUGGACUCGUGGAGUAGCAUGUUCAGUGGCUCAGGAGCUUUAUUCGCCAAUCAGAACGCAGACAUUUUCAGUUUCGACGGGAAAAACGUGAUGAGGGAUCCGACGUGGCCAAAGAAAUGGGUGUGGCACGGCAGUGACAUAUUCGGGAAUCGAACCAGGAACACUUUCUGUAAAGAUUGGGAGAGCGAGAGUCCCGUACAUUAUGGGGAAGCAACCUCGCUGUUUAGCAAGAGGUUAUUGCUGGGGGAACCGCAAAGAUGCGAUAAUAAGUACAUAGUACUUUGCGUAGAGACAACGCCCAAAAAGAUUAGAUUAUUGAAGUCAGAGAGACAUCAUGUGUCAAGAUUACGACAAAGAGGACGCUUCAGCAGAAGUAGUAUAACAUCCACUAAAAACCACUUAAGUUAUGGUUAGACGAACAUUUUUACUUUUAAAAUAUGUUGAAAACCCAGAAUUUACUGUAAGUUCCUACUUAUGCAAUAGCUAAAAGCACUUGUAAUGCUAAGUGUUGUUAUUAGGUAAGUAUUAUUAGUUUUUUUUUUUUAAUUAAUCGCUUUAUGCCUUCACUUGUAUACGGCACAGUAAAGAAAUUAUUCGACUUUGCAUAGCGUUCUUAAUUUUUAUUGUACAUAAUUUAUUAAGUAUCUAUCAUUGUUUUCUUAAGUAUCAAAUUUAUUUUGAAAUAAUCUAGUAAUUUACUUUACCUUUUUAACGAAGCUUGUUAUAGAUGUAUUUUAUAAGUUAAAUUAAUUUUGUGAACACAGUGAUUUCAAUAUUAGAUAAAGUUUGAAAUAAAUUUUAGAUUUAAUUAAAAUAAAAGAUUGCUGUGAAUUAAAUAAAUAAAAUAAAAUAAAUAUAUUAUAUUAGGACAAAUCACACAGAUUGAGCUAGCCCCAAAGUAAGUUCGAGACUUGUGUUAUGGGAUACUAACUCAACGAUACUAUAUUUUAUAAUAAAUACAUAUAUAGAUAAACAUCCAAGACCCGGGCCAAUCAGAAAAAGAUCAUUUUCCAUCAUGACCCGACCGGGGAUCGAACCCGGGACCUCUCGGUUCAGUGGCAAGAAUCUUACCACUGCGCCACUGAGGUAGUCAAAUAAAUUGAGAACCCCUUCCUCUUGUUAGGUUAUUAUUAUACUCUCAACGAAAAAUACUCACUUAUUUUUACUUACAUUAUUUACAGACUUUGCUUUUACUGAAAUAUAAUUGAUUUCGCCAUCGAUUAAAAUACCCUAUUUUUUAUAUAUAACCUACUUUUAUGAUAUCAUAACCUACUAUUUAUCACUGAAAACACUGUAGCACGAUUUGAAACUUAACAUCAUAAACUGCUUUUGUUAAGAGGUACGACAUAACUCAAUAUGAUAUUGAAUUUUCAAGUGUUUACUAUGUUUGCACCUUUGCGCGAGUGACGCCCCUCCAACAACCGCAUACUCACGCGGUAUAGUUUGAAAUUUUUUCUGAUGAAUUUUAAUUCAUAUUAUAAUAAUUGUAAAUAUUUACAACUCGUAACACUAAUGUUGUUCCAAUUUCAAAAUUCAAUUCAAAUUUAGGUUUUUUAUGAUGUUAGAUAAAAGGCGGGGCCUGACCAUGAAACAUGGAACACAUAGUACGUCAUUCUCUCUUUUACACGAUGCGUACACGAUAAGUGAAAAAGAGACAGCAUGUGGACUUUAUUAACGUGUUACGUCUUUGUAUGUUUCAUGGUAUAGGCCUUCUGGUCCUAUGAACUGGCGUUUUUCUAAUAACCCUGUAUAAAUAGUUGUAAUUGUAAAUUUUUUUAUUCAUAGAAAGUAAAUGUUUUUGCUUCAAACGUAUUGACCAAAUUUAAAAUUGCAAUCCAAGAAAUGGACUUUAUUUCUAGGCUUAGAUAGAAUAUAGUAUAGACAAAAAAUACGUAAUAGUACUAAUUUGUAGGCUAUCUUGUCUGCAUUGAGGACAGCAAGUAAGAAAAAUUAGUUUAAAACCAAUUAUAUACGAUAUUUCUUUUAUGCUUUUGAAACUAUUUUUUUUAUUUGAUUUAGAAAACUUGAAAACCAAGUAGAAGUAUUUGUUGCCUGCUAAUUUGAUAUAAUAUAUAGUAAGUAUAUAAUAUAGAAUAAUAAAAAAGAAUUUACUACCUCGAGAAAAUACUUUAAAAUAUAAUUUUAAAAGCAUUUUGUUCAUUUAUUCGUAGAAAGUUAUUUGGCCCAUGAUCUAAGUAUAUUAAUGUUGUGAAAUGAAUAUAAGUAUUAUUAUUUAUGACAAGUGAUAGUGCCAUAACGUAAUAACCUUUAAGCUUUUUAUAAAAUGUCUUUGAAUAAAAAUAUAA